AUGGAGCCAGACAGUGAAAAGCCCGGGGCUGUUGUCGCAGUUGUGACUGAACUUCGGUUUACCCAGCGAUACAAGGACUAUCUCGAGAAGCAGCAACUCCUGGACAGACGGUAUCGUGUGGAAAAGAUGCCGGAUGGCACCGUGGCGCUCCCUGUGCGGGGAGAGACCCCCCUGGAGCAGCACCUGUGGGCGCUGAAGAACCACGUGGCCCCAGGCAGCCCCUGUAAGCUCAUGCAGCUCCUGCGUCCUGCACCUUCAAAGAAGGCCCAGUGUUGCUCACCAGCCCAAAGGCUGUGUCUUGAGGUGAGCCGUUGGUUAGAGGGUCGGGGAGUCCAGUGGUCAGCGGAGCUGGAGGCUGAUUUGCCUCGAUCUUGGCAACGCCACGGUAACCUCUUGUUACUGAGCGAGGACUGCUUCCAAGCCAAGCAAUGGAAAAAUCUAGAGCCAGAACUCUGGGAGAUUGUUGCUUCGGCGCUUGGCGCCCAGCGUUUAGCCAGAAGAGGGCGGGUAUCGCCGGAUGGCACCCGAACUCCAGCAGUGACUUUGCUGCUGGGCGCCCAUGGCUGGGUGGAGCAUGUGGAUAAUGGAAUCCGAUACAGGUUUGACGUGACCCGGUGCAUGUUCUCCUUCGGAAACAUCACCGAGAAGCUGCGAGUGGCAUCGCUGCCCUGCGCUGGGGAAGUGCUGGUGGAUCUCUAUGCAGGGAUUGGGUAUUUUGCACUGCCAUUUCUAGUGCAUGCUGGUGCUGCUUUCGUCCAUGCCUGUGAGUGGAACCCCCACGCUGUAGAAGCCCUGAGAGCAAACCUUGAAAUCAAUGGAGUGGCAGAUCGGUGCCAAAUACACUUUGGGGAUAACAGGAAGCUGAAGCUUUCCAACAUCGCAGACAGAGUGAAUCUGGGGUUGAUUCCUAGCUCUGAAGAAGGCUGGCUCGUUGCCUGCCGAGUGUUGCGACAGGAUGCUGGGGGCAUUCUGCAUAUCCACCAAAAUGUGGAAUCUUUCCCUGGGAAGAAUCUCCAGCCUUCUGGAAGCAGUGACAUGGAGGAGGAGCAGUGGCCUUAUCUUCAGCAAAUUAUCACCAACCAAGGGAAAAAUGGAACUGGUAGGGAUUCUAGGAGGAAGAUGUUGGCAGGUGCCACCAAGCCAGAGUGGCAAAGGUGGGCAGAAUCUGCAGAAACUCGCAUUGCUGCUCUUCUGCAGCAAAUCCACGGGAAGCCGUGGAAGACACAAAUACUGCACAUCCACCCAGUGAAAUCCUACGCGCCCCACGUGGAUCACAUAGUCCUGGAUCUGGAGUGCCGCCCCUGCCCUCUUAUUGGCUAG